UGCAGGGUGCUGCACGGGACCAUGGAGUGUUGCGACAGGGUGGUUUUGGGGUGUUGUAGGGGUUUGGGUGGGACGCUGGCUGUUGUGAGGUUGUCGCGGGACUGUUGGAGUGUCGGAGGGAACUUGGGGUGUUGUGAGAGCGGUGUCGGGGUGUAGCAGGGGUGUUUUGGGGUGCCGUACAGCGGGACACUGGCGCUGCACUCCUGCACCGGGGGAAGUGGCACCGCUGGCAGCAGCUCCCGGAGCACUGGGAGCACUGGGAGCACUGGGAGCACUGGGAGCACUGGGGACUUCGGGACAGGAGCAUUGCAGCAGGGGCACUACGGACACUGGGAGGGGGUCACUGAGAGGACUGGGGACACUGGGAGCACCGUCCCCACACUGUCCCCACUCCCGCCCCCAUCCCCGCGCCUCAGUUUCCCCCCGCUCGCAGCCCGGGGCGGGGCGGGGGGGUCGCUCUCAGCCCCACCCGCGAUGCCGGGGGUCCCGCUGCCCUUCGUCCUCCUCCUCCUCCUCCUCCUCGCCGGGGCGCCCGCCCAGCCGUUCCCGCGGGACCUGGUGGCUCGCAGCACCGUGGGGCUGGCAGCCACCGCCGCCUACCCGCGCUUCGGGGGCCUGCGGGGGGACAACGGCACGGCCCGGCUCGGCCUCGACUUCCAGCGGAUGCUGCGGCUCAACGGGACGCUCUUCGUGGCCGCCCGGGAUCACAUCUACGCCUUCGAGCUGGGGCAGGACAAGGGGACGCUGAUGGUCCCUCCCCUGGCCCCCCCAGAACCCCACUUUGUCCAGGUGCUGCCCUACGGCCCCUACGUCUAUUUCUUCUUCAGGGAGGUGGCAGUGGAGCUCAGCGCCCUGGGCAAGGUGCUGGUGGCCCGGGUGGCCCGGGUGUGCCGCAAUGACCGCGGCGGGUCCCCGCGGGUGCUGGAGCGGCGCUGGACGUCCUUCCUGAAGGUGCGGCUGCAGUGCUCCGUCCCCGGGGACACCGUCUUCUACUUCGAUGUCCUGGAGGCCGUGACGCCCCCCCAGACCCUGCACGGGCGCCCCGCUGUCCUCGCCCUCUUUGGCACCCAGCCCAACAGCAUCCCUGGCUCGGCCGUCUGCGCCUUCUACCUGGCAGAUGUGGAGCGGUCGUUCGAGGGUCCCUUCGCCGAGCCCCGUGGGGCCACCUGGACCGCGGUGCCAGAGGACAGGGUCCCCCAGCCCAGGCCGGGCUGCUGCGCCGGGAUGGGACCUGCUGCCGGUGUUGGCACCUCUGGGGACUUCCCUGACGAGACCCUGGUGUUCGCCAAGGAGCACCCGCUGCUGCACGGCGCCGUGAGCCCCGCGGGCGGGCGGCCACUCUUCACCCACACCGGCACCAGGCUGACCCAGCUGGCCGUGGACACGGGCGCGGGGCCCCGCAGGAACCAGACCGUGCUGUUCCUGGGCGCCGAGGACGGGCGGGUGCUGAAGGUCCUGGCAGCUGCACAGCGCCCCGAGGCCCCCCAGCCCCCCGGGGGCACCCCGGCUCCAGGGGACCGCCGAGAGCCGGGGGGCAGCAGGGACAGCGGUGCCAAGACGCUGCUGCUGGAGGAGAUCAGCCUCUACGACCCCGGGCGGUGCCACAGCCCGCGGGGGGCCGGGGUCCCCAGCCGGGUGCUGGGGCUGGAGCUGCACCUGCCGGGCCGGGAGCUCAUCGUGGCCUUCGCCGGGUGCCUGCUGCGGCUGCCCCUGAGCCGCUGCGCUCAGCACAGCUCCUGCCGAGGGAGCUGCCUGGCCGCUCGGGACCCCUAUUGUGUCUGGCUGCCCUCCAGGGGCUGCGUCCCCUUCUCUGAGGAGCUCCCGAGUGGCUUCCAGCAGGACACGGAGGGAUCCCUCGGGAUCAGUGAGACCUGCCAAGGGGCUGCAAAGGACAGUGACGAGCACGAGGACUUGGCCCACGGGGUGCGGCACCCCGGGCCCGGGCCCGAGCCGACGGUGCCGGUGCCGGUGCUCGUGGGCUGCGUGCUGGGCGCCUUCGCCCUGGGGGCCCUGGCCACCGGGCUGGUGGCCACCUGGUGCCAGCGCCCCGCCGUCCCCAAGCCGCCCCCGGAGCCGCCGUGCGCCCCGCAGAGCCCGGCGCAGCCGCCCGUCCCCCGCCUCUACCCCGCGCUGCCGCCGCGGCCGGUCCCGGGCUCCCCCGAGCCCCCGGGGCCGCCCCCCGCCCGGUCUCCGCGGGAGCGGGAGCCCCCCGGGCCGGGUCCCCCGGGCAGGGCGGCCCGGGAGGAGGCUCCGCCGCGGCCGCUCGGGGGCUCGGGGUGGCCCGUGACCCCCCCGGGCUCCGGCUCCUUCGCCAACCGGGUCCUGCCGCGCUCCGCGGGCCCCGCGCCGCCCUUCGGACCCCACGACCGCGCCCCGCUGCGCCUGGACGUGCCCCCCGACAGCCCCCCGGGCCCGCGGCGGCCGCUGGCACACAGCCGCUCGCUCGUGGGGACCCCCGGCAGCCCCCCCGGGCCCGCUCGGGGCCUCACCCGCAUGCACUCGCUGGGGACACCGGGGGGGCCGCCCUGGGGACCCCGGCCCGUUCCCCUGGAGCGCUCCCUGUCCAUGAAGCCCCCGGUGCUGCCCAAGCCGCUGCUGCUGCCCGCGGCCCCGGGGCGGCCCUGAGCCCCUCCCGGACACCCCGAGUGCGGCUGGGGGACCCCGGGGUGCAGGGUCCCACUGGCCCAGCCGUGUCACCAGGACAGCCCCCAGGGCUGACACGGAUCCCCGUGUCCCCACACCGCAGUGACAAGGUCUCCGUGUCUCCCGGCCACCCCACCCGGUUUUGCUUUUUUUUAUUCUUUCUAAUUUAUUUUCUGUUCGGGAGGGAUGGGAGUUGCUGUCACCCCCCUUGGGGACACCAGGAAGGGGGACACAUGGCCCAGCCCAUCCUACCGUGUAGGAGCAGGGCUGGGCCAGGGCACCGCACCAGUGGCGCAGGAUUUUAAUAAAAAAUACACAACAAAAAAUGAGCGUGG